AUGGCGGAGAUCAAGAGCGGCAUCUUUGCAAAGAACGUGCAGAAGCGGAUCAGCCGCGCACAGGAGAAGGUUUUACAGAAGUUGGGGAAAGCCGAUGAGACGAAGGAUGAACAGUUUGAACAGGUCGUGAUCAACUUCAGAAGACAAGAGUCUGAAGGGUCUCGUCUUCAGCGGGAGAUGAAGAAUUACAUGGCUGCUAUUAAAGGGAUGCAGCAGGCGUCCAUAAACCUGACACAGAGUUUACAUGAAGUCUACGAGCCGGACUGGCACGGCAAAGACGAUGUGGUGCUGAUCGGCAAGGACUGUGACGCGCUCUGGGAGGACUUCCACAAUAAGAUCGUGGACUCGACGCUGCUGAACCUGGACGCUUAUCUGACACAAUUUCCAGAUCUGAAGAUCCGCGUGUCCAAACGCAGCCGGAAACUGAUCGACUACGACAGCGCACGACAUCAUGUGGAAACUCUGCAGGCGCAAGGGCUGAAGAGCGACCGCAAGAUGAUCAAGGCAGAGGAGGAGCUGAAAAAAGCUCAGAGAGUUUUUGAAGAUCUGAAUGUGGGACUUCAGGACGAGCUGCCCACACUCUGGGACAGUCGAGUUCAGUUUUACAUCGACAUGUUCAAAAGUGUAACGACACUGGAGACCAAGUUCCACAGAGAGAUUUCACUGGUGUGCCGGCAGCUGUAUGAGGUCAUGACCAAACUCGCCGAACAACAUCCGGACAAAAUGUUCAACAUCCAGGGAGCUCCGAGUGACUCUGGUCCGCUGCGUCUGGCCAGGACUCCUUCUCCUCCUGAAGACGAUUCUCCUCCAGAUUCUCCAGAAGUGAAUCACCUGAGACCCGUGUCCCCAGGGCCACCCCGACCCAAGAGCCCGAGCCAGGCCAGAGGUCCGCCUGUCCCACUACCGCCCAAAGUCUCGCCUCCAAAAGAAGAACAGAUCAUCGACCUGUUCGGGGGAGAGUUCCUGCCUGCCCCCUCCCCCUCCCAACCCAACGACCGGCCCGGCGAGUCCCUAUUGGACCUGGACCUGGACUCCUUUCAGUUGGAUGAAAACGUGGCUCCAAUUCCUCAGACCGCUGUGCCCUGGGACAUGUGGGCGGGUGACCAGCAGCAAGACCAGCAGAACUUCGUCUGCAGCUGGGCUGCGUUCAGUUCAGACCAGAACCAAGACCAGAAACAAGACCAGAAACAAGACCAGAACCUAGACCAGAACCUAGACCAGAACCUAGUCCAGAACCCAGACCAGAAAGCAGAACAGAACCAAGACCCAGCACCACAACAAAUACCAAACCAGAACCAGGCCUUAGAUCCAGGCCUGGACUUUGGGAAUCUCCGGAGAGAGUCCACCCCAGACCCUGACAGACUGCUGAGACCCCCCAGUCCUGAAGGAUCCGGCUCGGACUAUGAGACUGCAGAGGAGGGCCCGGACCACAGACCAGACCAGAGACCAGAGCCUGAACUAGACCACAGACCAGAACCAGACCACAGACAUGAACCAGAACCAGACCAAUGGGGAGACCAUCAAGACCUCUCAGUAGAUCUUGAGCGAGACCCAAAUCUGGCCCAAGCCACACACCUGGGACUUGGUUCAGACCCAAAUCCAGUUGUGGACCAGGUGUCGUUCGACUCAAUGUUAGUGUCCGGGUUUAGUUCAGGUUUUGACUCGGACCCAUUUGCUGAGACACAACCCGGUUUUGGACCCGAUCCGUUCAGCUUUGGGGCAGAUUUCGGAAUGGUACCUGGUCUGGACCUGGGACCCACAGAGUCUGGACACAAUCUUCAGUCUGAUGAAGACGAAGUGACGAAUCAGAGACUGGGAUCAAUGUACCAUCACCAAGACCAGUCAGCCAAUGCCUUCAAUGGAUUCUCCUCUGAGGCCGGGGCUUCAUCAUUCUUUGCCGAUUUUGAUAAAAUGAAUCAGGCCACGCCCACUGCAGAGGUGGAGGGGCCUAAAGACGACGUGGACACGACUACACCAGGGGAGGAGGCUAAAGCUGAACAGCAGCCAAUAGAAACACAGGAGACAGAGCCAAUGGAAGAGCAGCCAUCCAGGGACCUGAGUCAAGUCCCAGAGCUGGACCAGGACCCAGAACCGGUGCCAGUCCAGGACCUAGAACAGGAGACAGACCAGGACCUAGAACCAAAGCCAAACAAGGACCUAGAACCAGAGCCAGGCCUGGACCUAGAACCAGAGCCAGACCGCGAGCCAGCACUGGAGCCAGACCGAGAGCCAGCAUUGGAGCCAGACCGGGAGCCAGACCUGGAGCCAGAACUGGAGCCAGAACUGGAGUCAGAACUGGAGCCAGAUCAGGAAACCAUGGCCAUCCCGUCUGUGGUCAUUGAACCAGCGUCAAGUAACGAAGGCGACGAUGACCGUGAUGCUGACAUUAUCAGUCCCACAGUCGCCGCCGGAAACAGCUCCGCCCCCAUUUUACAACACAUCGGGCCAAGCGACGGGACCCUACCCCAGGACUUCCUCUACAAGGUGGAGACAAUGCACGACUUUGAAGCGGCAAAUUCAGACGAACUGGAGCUGAAACGAGGAGAUGUGGUUCUGGUGGUGCCCACACUCAGUCAGGAGGACCAGGAAGCUGGUUGGCUUACAGGCAUAAAGCUCUCUGAUUGGUCAGCCCUGGGGGUGAGCGCUCAUCGAGGGCUGUUCCCCGAAAACUUCAUCCAGCGGCUGAACUGA